CACAUCUCAAGUAGGUUUCAUCUUAACUUAUUUCUUUAUUUUUUUUUUCUUUAUUUUUCAAUUUCAUUACAACUAUUUUUGUCUGAUUCUUUCUCUCUCUCUCUCUCUCUCUUUCUGCCUUCUUUUCCUUCAAUUUUUCUUUCUAUCAAAAUAUUUUUAUUUCUCCUCUUUUCACCCCUCUUCUCUCUUUCCUUUGUUUUUUCUUUUUCUCUCCCUCUCUCUCUGCUCUUCUUUCUCUCGUUAUUUUUCUUUCUCUCUCUCUCUCUCACAUCAGCACUUCUUUUAGCUCAUCCUUCCUUUUUCUCCCUGCUCUAAAACUAACAAAU